UGUUCGCGCAGUUGUGGCGGAGGUGUAAAGACAAGAAAACUAAAAUGCAUUAAAGAAUUAGCAUUCGGACAAAUAGUGGAGCAAUCGGUGUCUAAAUGUCCGAAAAAGCGUCCGAAACACACGAAGACAUGUAACUUAAAACAGUGUAGAAAUCCAUUGCUUGAACUGAGAAAAGUUAUCCAUAAAACCAAACAAAACAGCGAAUCAAAUAAAAUCGACGAAAAUUUGUUUAUUCAAAAGGAAUCCAUGAAAAGGAUAUCAUUAAAAGUGAACGGAGAGGCAAUCGUUAUGUCGGGAACUAUACUCCGGUUGCGGUGUCCGCGCCGUAAGUCCGACAGAGACUUAGGUCACACCCAUUGGACUAAAAAUAACGCCAGGAUUUCGUUUGGACACAGAAUAAAAAUGACCGCAAAGAAUGUACUUCGGAUCAGAAACGUUGAAAUAUCCGAUUCUGGCGUUUAUUCUUGCAGUUGGGAUAACAAAACUAAUCAUAAGAUCGAUUUAAAAAUCAGACACAUGUCGGCGUCGGCUGAGGACCGGACUGUUGAGCGACACAGCAUUGGAUUAAAUAAUUUUGAUUUCGGAAAAAUUGUUAAAAACUCAGAGGAAAGGAGUGACAGA